AUGUUUAGAUACUGUGGGGCAACAAAAACCCUACCCUUAGUAUUCUGCAUUAACCGAUUUACGUUGAGGACGGCAUCGUUUGCUAGGCCGUUUCAUUUUAGUUCGCAUUGUCAGCACAAUGGUAGGACACCUGAUGAAAGCAGUAGUAAUAAACAUGAAAUACGAGCACCUGAUGAUACUAUUUGGAAAAAAAAUGUGGAACCUCAAUGGCAGCACUUGAAAAAGAAAUUCAAUGAGCUGUACUCUAGGUUUAACUUCCACAGAGAUCAAUUAUCUUAUCAAGUCAAUAAGGCCAAAAAAUCCAUCCAAGAGGCGAACAAGAAACUAUCUGAGCAAGAAGACGAAAUUAACGAUUCCCGUUUAAACUAUAACAAGGACGAAUUGACAAGUGGGAAAAUUGAAGGAUUGCCCUCCGAAAGAGAACAGCAUAGAAAAAAAUGGUCGAGAAAGUUGGAAUUUUAUUUUGACUCUUUGCAAGAGACUUUGUUCACAGCCACACGUGCUCUAAAUGAUGUGACUGGUUAUUCUAGUAUUCAAAAACUCAAAUCCAGUAUUAGUCUUAUGGAAAAAAAACUAGAAGCUACAAAAAAAGAGCAUAAACUGUACAAGGCACAGUACGCAAACGCCAUAGACGAACGCGCACAAUCUCAACGAGAAGUCAACGAAUUAUUGCAAAGACAGAGUGCGUGGUCUUCAAGCGAUUUGGAAAGAUUUACCCAAUUAUACAAAAAUGACGCGUUGAAUGCUAAACAAGAGCAAGAAUUGAAAAACAAAGUCAAAGAAAUAGAAGGCAAAGAAGAACAAUUAAAUGAUGACUUGUACAGAGCAAUUUUGACCAGAUACCAUGAAGAACAGAUAUGGUCGGAUAAGAUUAGAAGAACGUCCACCUGGGGUACAUUCAUCUUGAUGGGUAUGAAUAUAUUCUUGUUUAUUGUCUUGCAAUUACUAUUAGAACCUUGGAAAAGGAAAAGACUAGUGGGAUCCUUUGAAGAAAAAGUCAAAAGUGCUCUCGAGAAAUACUCCGAGGAACAGAAUAUGAAGGUGGAUAAACUGUUAGCUGGCAAAUUAUCCGAAGUAACAGAUCAAGGUAAUGAGGAAGAUCUCAGCAUAAAAGAGCCCUUAGAGCAGAGAACAGUAUAUGAAACUGAUAGGAGGGAGACUGGCAGAGUUGAAAUUGCAAUAGCUGAGACUACUUCAGCUGGAAUAAAAUCCUUCGGGGAUAUUUGGGAACGGAUAAAGACAUUUUUUGUUACUCUAAAAGGCAUAAAAUUCAGGGAACUUGAUGCUCCAUUAGUGGUCAACACGUUAGAAUUCUACCUGUACUCGAUUUCACUAGUUAGUAUGACAAUCUUGAUAUCUGGUGUGAUAUGA